UUCAGGCUGAGAAUACAGAUGGGUCAACAGACCUCACCUUAGAGGGUCUGUGCUUGAACAGAGAAGGGAGUGAGGACUCCACCAGGGCUCAAGGAAGGCACCACUGAGUUGAUUGCGCCACAGGGUGAAGGUGAAGGUUCCCUUGAGGGAGGGAAAGGGCUGUGGGCACGCCAGAUAGUUGGGUAUCACUGGGCGCAGGCAUGGGGCGGCUGUGUGUUGGGCCUGGAGAGUACAAGGAAUAGAGGGGAAGGUAGCAGGAAGGCAGCAGGGUGUGGACUUGAUCCUGAAGAUAGCUGGGAAGGAUUUUAAGAAGAAAUGGGACCUAGAUAGAUCAGUGAUUUUAGAAGCAAGUCCUUGGCCAUGUGUAAGGGUAAAUAUGGAAGGGUAUGACAUUGGGAAAUAUGUACAGUAUUUGAUUUCUUGGCACACAACUCCUGAAAUCCUUAGAUUCUCUAAAGUGACGUCUACUUAUAUGCUAAUGAGUUGACUGAUAGCUGGCAGCCCCUAGGUGGCUUCAGAAAGGGGUCACAGAAAAGACCAAGGCAGGAUUGAAGGGUUGGAACUUUCAGCCCGCCCCAUAGCCCCUGGGACAGGGAGAGAGGCCGAAGGGUAAGUUAGUCGCCAAUGGCCAGUACUUUCAUCAAUCAUGCCUAUGAAACGAAGAUUUAUAAAAACCCAAAAGGACAAGACUUGGGGAGCUUUCAGAUAGCUGAAUGCUUGGAGGUUCCUGGAGGGUGCCUAGGGAGGGCUUGGAAGCUCCACGCCCCUGCCCACGUACCUCUACCUGUGCAUCUUUUCAUCUGUAUCCCUUUAUAAUAAACUGGCAAACAGAAGUAAAUGUUUCCCUGAGUUCUGUAAGCUGUUGCAACAAAUUGAUCAAACCCAAAGAGAGGGUUAUGGGAAACCCAGUUUACAGCCAGUCGAUGGGAAGCACUGGUAAACCAACGCAGGGCUUGCAAUUGGCAUCUGAAGGAUGGGGGGAUAGUCUUGGGGACUGAGUCCUCAACCUGUGGAUCCGAUACUAUCUCCAGGUAGAUGGUGUCAGAAUGGAACAAAAUUAGAAGACAUCUGGCUGGUGUCUGCUGCUCAACUGAUCGCCUGCUUGGUGUGUGGGGACCACCCCUCCUGCCCGCACCACAUCUGAUGUUGGAAGUGCUCUGCUUUGUGAGAGUGUGAAAGGAGCGAGGAGAAACUCAGUUGGGUUUUUUCUACAGAACGUAUCUGGGACGGGAGGAAGAAGCUGGCGACUGAGGGCUCAGCCCUGUAUUCCCCUUUAUCUUCAAGGGGAAGGAUCUCUUUCCCCACCCUACUCCCUCAUACUGUACUUCAGGAACUGGUGCCAAGGCCAGCCAAGCUCAACCAACUGCUAGGAGCUCAGGUCCCCACCCUGGAAUGCUGGUGGGCUGGGGACAGGAGGUGGAGAGGAGUAGGGAUGUGGGGUGGUCUCAAAAAUAUUUUGCUGCACUUACUGCAGGCUUAUGUAUAGCUUUGCCUGGAGGCAGGGGGACAGUUGAAUGAGUGCCAGCAGGAUAAAGCGCUCUGAGGGGUGGUAACUUGUGUCCUGCUCUUGGCCUGGAUGCUCAUUGUCCCCUCACCUCCAUUCCCCAUCUGGGGAUCCCUCGGGACCCACCUUGGAGCAGAGACACUGAUGUAACAGUUCAGGCUCCUGAGCUGCUCUGGCUGCGGUGCAUCUGCUUCCCAGUGUUGUGGCCUCUAGCAGGUGACUUGCUCUGUCGUGAAUUUUAGUUUCCCUUUCUGUCAGAUGGGGACAAAAAGUGUAACCAUUUCCUAGGAUACUUGUGAGGAUUAACGUGUUUUAAGAGGGAGGCUUAGCAGAGUGCCUACACAUAGAGGUGCCAGCAUGCCUGAGCAUGGCAGUGGGGGUGUGGCAAGGGUGAGGGCAACUGUCUUCACCAUAAUUGCCAAGGCUCCCUUAGGAUUCAAAAAGCCAGGGAUCAGGGGAGUGAGGAGGUGUGAUGGGGGGCCCAGCAGAAGAGCUUGAUUGGCGGAGCAAGAAAGAGACUGGGCCCUCCUCUCCACCACUUUAUGACCUCAUCUUUCUGGGCCCAAAGAAAUGGCGAGAAAAGGAAUGUUGGGGGCCCCCAUUGCAGGGGCAGGUGAGGAGCUAAUGUAUCUGUUAACACUUGUGUAUUUCCUUUUCCCUCACAGCCGAGAAUCAGCUGCUCUUGGGCAGGCAUCCAGCAGGGAAAUGCUUUGAAGGGAGCCUUCCCAAGCUGAGGGUAGCCAGGCUCUCCCACCUCCAUCUCCUUCUCCCACACAGGGCUGUCUGCCUUCUCCCUUGUCCCUGAGCCACCACCCAUCAUCCUUUGCAUGCUUUAACUGUUCCAGCUGCUCAGUGUUGUCUUUUUUUGUAAGAAAACAGUCCAGUUCAGCAAACAUUUUAUAAGCACCUGUUGUCUGCCUGGGUCUUUUUUGGGCUCAGGGCAUACAGGGGAUGGUUAAAGUAUCAACCCAACUAUCACAGGGGAGAAUAUUAGGGAAUUGUUUUGAAAGAUCUGAGCGCAAAAGCAGCGAUCCCAGGGCACGAGGCCCUGGGUUCUAGGCCCUUGUUCUCCUUUCUUCCCGUGGGACCUUGGACAAUUUAUGGUACCUCUCUGAAUCUCAGUUUCUUCAACUCAAAACCCAGGUCAGUCUGUUGAUGCCCCUGGUUCUAAGAGGCAUGCUGUGGUAAGUUUUGGAGUAACUUACCCUGUGGGCUCAUCAGUUAGAGAGGUCUCUGCGAACUCCAGUUUCAGGCCAUAGUGAGAACAGCAGACCCCAGAGGGAGGAGUCUGAUCGAAGUUUGAGUCCCAUUCCACUGCAGCUUGCUAGUUGUGUGAAUUUGGGCCUGUUCCUUAACUCAAAGACUGGGUUUCCUCAGAUGUGAGGUAGGCAUUGUGAUAUGCCGACAAAUAGGGAACUCAUGGGUCAUAUUAAUGUUACUGAGAUCCUCUUAGAUACAGGGCCUGCUCCAUGCCAAGAACACAUCUCCAACCCUCCAGAGCUCCUUGUAUCAGAGAAGGGCAUUAGUGCCCAACUUCAGAGGAGCCAGUGAGGGUGGGGAGGACUGCAGCUGGCCCAGGAGCUCUAGAAUGACUCUAGAUGGGCUGGGAAGGGGCUCCUUGAUUUCAACAUGCACUAGUGUGGAAUUCUAUCUUGCUUUAUGAAGAAAAUGUUUGUUAAUGAUAUUGAUAGUGUAAAUGAGAUUUGGGGAGUGGGGACAGCCAGAGGAAAGGGUUAUUUAAACACACUUCAAAGAACACCCUAUUCCAGUAUUUAAGCAGCAGCAUUUGCAUAUGUAAUAAUUGUGCUAAUUAUAGGUGGCCUCAUCUGUUAACAACAAGUUUGCCUGGUUGUGUUACAUUAUUGUAAUCACCCAAUCAUAAUUCUCUGGCAUGCUUUUCACUAAAGAUAACAACAACAAUAGUAACAAUGCCUGUCAUUUUUUAGUCCUUUGCUCUGUGCCAGGCUUCCUCCCAGGUACUUGACAGUCAUCAGCUCAUUUAAUCUUCACAACACCUCUGUAUCCCAAAGAUUCUUAUCUCUUGUGUACAGAGGAUGAAACUGAAGUACAGAGAGGUUAGGUAACCUUCCUGGGCUCACACAGCCAAGAGCCAAGGAGGAAAUGCCAGCUCACAGGCUCUUUCCACCGGGUGGCACUACUUCUCUGGGGACACUUGACAUGUGUUCUCACCCUUUAUCUCUAAGUCUUCUCUUUCUCAUUUGGUCCUCUCAGAAAUCCCCAUUUUGCCGAAGAGGAAGCUGAGACCCUAGGGGAGAAUUUGGGGCUGGGCAGGAGGUGAGCCCAGGUCCCCUUAACUUUUAGGACAAAACCAGCCCCAGCAUACCCACCUGCCUUCCUGCAGUAAGGGAUGUGGGGGCAGCAGCCCCUCCAUGUUCUCCUCUGAAGUUUUGAAGGAGUCCAGCCUUGAGGAGGAGGGUGCCCCUCACCUCUGCUAUCAAGUGGGGUAGGCCUGGCCUCUCCAUCAAAGAAAUUAUAAGUCAGUAAACAGGUGGGAGGACUCUAGCACGUCAUUAAUUGCUUUACAUACGUUGUCAUUAAAUCAGAGGUAGUAUAUGGAUGGCUGGUGGCCAGAUGUAUCCCACAGACAGGUUUCAUUUGACCCGAUGGGGUGGAAAGAUUCUAUUGUUUUGUUGGUUUAAAAUCAGUUACCAACACUAAAACAUUUACCUUAAAUAUUCACCUGAAAAUCUAGAUUUCUGGCUUCUUUUAAAACAGAUGUGGCCUCAGUGGGCCUACAUUCCUAUAGGGCAAAGAAUUGGUUUCUUCAGUUCACCUCAGACUCCUUUUCUCCCUGGAAGUCUCCUCCCAGCAACCCUGGGAGGUGUGUGGGUGUGUGUGGGGUUGUAGUGUUCCCCUUCUACAGAUAAGGAGCCUGGGGCCCAGAGGAGACCGGCUGGGCCACUCCAAAAAGCUGUUGGUAAGGUCAGGACUUGAACCUCCAUCCUCAUCUCCACGCUGUGUGGUUCUCACUCCACCUUGCUGCCUCCCAGCCAUGUCCAACCCCCACGGCCACCAAAGAAAGAAAGAAAAACUUUUCACAGGCCUAAUGACUCAAAAAUAAACAACAGUAAGCCUGAAGAACUGUUCCUAUCUCCCUCCUCUCCCUUUCCACCCUUCCCGAGGCCGGAGGGGACAUGGGAAACCUAUUCAUUUAAACUCAAUUAUUUUCUCGAAGACAGAACAGAACUGAAUUGGGUCAGCGGCUAUAUUUGCUGUGCUCAGCUGUUUUCCUGCAACAGCAUCAUCCACCGGGUCUGUUGCUGGGCCCUGCACUGCUAGGCUCACCAAUUAUAGCUCCAUAUUGGUAGCCAUUCCUUGGCAAGCUUGGCUUAGGAAGAGAGGAGCCAGUGAAUGGAACCUAUCACCCUCUCCUUUUUCACCCAACAGGCUACAGGAGCAGGGUCCCUGGGCCAAUGUAGGUCCAGGCUCUGGUCACCACCUCCAGGGACCUAGGCUUCAGGUAUUAGACAUUUAAUGUCCAACACCCGUCUGUAGGGGAGGUACGUCUGCAGCAGAGUUUCUGCAGAUGAGGAAACUAAGGCUUAGAGAAAUGAAGUGCUUGUUGGAGAGGCAGACCUUAGAGUCAGACACAAUUGCCUUUCUAGCUGUGUGACUGGGAGCAAAGAACCUGACUGCCUUGCUCCUCUGAUCCCACCUGUGUAAAGGAGGCAUAAUUUGACAUACCUCACAGGGCCGGGCUGUCCGGUUGUAGAUGGGUUGCAGUGUAUAUGCCAGCAGCCUGCCCAGGGUUAACCCUCCUGGCAAUGAGAAGUGUGCACGAUGUGCCAGGCACAGAAGUUGGUGGGGACACAGAUCUCUGAAGAAGGAUAUGUUUGGACAUCCUCCUCUCCAGAUACCUUUCCUGAUUCCCUGCUCCCAAACUGGAAAUGCUCCUGCAGUCUCUCUAGGCCCCCUGUUGGGCCAGGCCCUCCCCUGGACACGUUUCAUCACGUCUUCUGGGCCCACAGCCUGUUAUAUAUGUUUUUUGUUUGGUCUUAAUAUUUGUGUACCUUCCCUUCUCUACUAAACUACCAGUUUCCUGAGGACAGACCUUGUUCACCUGUUUGGUUCCUGGUGACACUCCCUUCCCAGCUGGGUGGCCUUGGACUGGUGGUUUAACCCUGGUGCGCAUGUUUUCACAUCUGUAAAAUGGGAACAUUGAUCUCUCCCUCUGGCACAUGUCAUGGUGAGGAGGUUAAUACCACACGUGGCAGUAUUGUGCCAGAUGGCUGUACGGAAUGGAGUCGAGAGAAACAUUGGGAGGAAGCCAAAGCAGAGGCUGCCCCUCUGCCAUCCUUGAAGUAGGGAAUAUCUAAGGGAGUGGGGCAUAGUGGUUAUAAAUGCUGUCUUGUUACAGAAUUGCUGUCUGGUUACAUGGGGAGGUGGGAACAGAGUGGUGGCCAAUGGGCCUCUCCUUGUCUUCUCCAGCUUCUUGCUGUAGAGGGCUGGACUUGCCCCAAGAUUGGACUGUUCUGGCUUCACAGUAAUCUCAGAUUGCUGGGGCUGGGGCUGGUUGGAACCUACCCACAACCACUGACCUCCAGGCACCCGGAUUGCAGUACCUGGCGUUAGAUCUCUUCUUUUGGCAGCCAUGGGGUCUGGGUGUACAGCAGGAUCUCCUUGCAUUACCCCACAAUAUUAUUGCUGGUCUCAGGGUUGGGGAGUGUUUAGGGAGACUUGAGUUCCCUGACCUUUCAGGAAGCAUGCAUGUGAACAUAGGCAUUGGACCUGGUGUAGACAUGGUGUGGUGAUGGCUGGGCCCUACUCUGGUGGGGUGGGAGCAGGACUUGGGGACUAAGCAGCAAAUGACCUAGCCACAGACACAGAAAUGGCUCUGGUGGGAGCUCAGCUAGUGGCACUGGACUCUCUGGGGGCCAGGGCUGAGGGCACUGCCCAGGUUGAUCCCGACGUCUUGUACAGUAGAACCAGCAGUCACAGGCUCAUAAACUGUAACCGUCUUCUUUCCGUUGCCUCUUGGUAGCAUUCAACCCCUGGCACACUGUGCUGGGUGUUGCCUAGCACUUGGCACUGUGACAACCAAGAAAGAAAAAUGCUGACCAUGUCUCACUGCUUGUUCGAGUAAAUUUACUCUAUAUUUUUUAGAGAUGUCGCAUGGGUGGGAAUUUACUCCCACUAAAUGUUUUGAUGGAAACAUUACAUUUUGGAGUGAACAUGUGUCAACAUCACUGUGGGGAAAAGGUUCCAGGAUUCUCUGCCAGCCGAAGUCAUCGCCAUAAGACACUGGUUGGGGGCCUGGCAGGUGGAGAUGAUGUGACCGGGCUGGUAGUGGGGCAGAGGUAGCCAGAUGGCGGGAGUCCAGCUGGCUGGUCUGGAGGGAGAAGGGGGUCUGAGCUAGGGGAACUGAAUAGGUGGUGAGGAGGAAGGGAGUGGGGAGGCUGUGGGCUGACGAUGUAAAUUAACCACCCACACAGCUCAAAACUAGGUGAGUGGGGAGCUUGAGGGGCAGGAACAGCGAGCAGAGGCUCUGAAGUGUUGAACACUGGUAACUCAGACCCGAGGGACAGUCUGGGGCCAGAUUGUUGAGGGUCCUAGAAUCCCAGCUCCCACCAGUAACUAGCGGUGUGAGCUUGGGCAAUUUUUCCAAGCUUUCUGUGCUUCUGCUUCAUUUUUACUAAAAGGUAGCAUGGAUACCCACAGCUUAUGGCUCUUUGGAGAAUUAAAGGAGAUAAUGUCUAUAAAACACAUAGCAGGUGCCAGGACACAUUUGCUCUUUGUUAGUGAUGAUAAAGGCACGCAAGUAUAGAUGUGCUCACAUAAAUUAACAGCUGGUGUACUGAAACUACUUCCUGAGUUGGCCCUCAAUCUAAUACCAAGUUUGUUUUCUCACAUUCAGCUAAGUACAACUGGUCCCUUCAGAAGCCCUUGUGGUCUCUUGUACUUUGUGGUACAACUGUGGUCUCUUCAAAAGCCCUUGUUCAUGAACAGCCAGGCCCUGGGCUGACUUUGCCACAGGGCGGGCAUCCCUCUCCGGCCUUGUACCUGUUUGUGUCCUACAGAUGGAUCCUGAGGCAGUUGGUGGGUUUUAGCAGCACCCUCCUUUAGAAAGAGCCUCUGUCGUCUGCUUAGCCUCUAGAAAGAAAAGAUGUUUCCUCUCCCAGGAUUUAUACAUCUCUCCCCACGGGACGUACAGGCAUUGCCUGGAGGUAUUCCUUGACAGUCGUGGCCCAAACUCUUGUCACUCAAAGAAAUGGAAAGCUUUUUGAGGGGGAAGGGUUCCAGACUUCCCCAGAGAGCCUAGCCCAGUUGCUGAGGACAUCUUCAGAUCUGAAAGAAGAUAAGACAGGAGCAUCCUGAGCUCUUUAGAGAAGACUGCCUGCAGUGUGUGUGUCUCCAUCACUCAUGUAUGGAGUCCCCUAGGCCCUGAGAACCAGAGAUGAACAGACCCCAAGGAAGGCCUGGCAGGGUAGGCAGUAGUAGCCAGGAGAGGGGAGUCAGACCAGGAAUUUAGGCAGAGAGAGGGAGAGAUUGUGCACUUUCCUGUGCCUGGGGCCACUGGGCAGGCUUCCCUCAGGUGGGGGCAGUUGAGCUGGGCCUUGAAAGGUGAAUGAAAAUUAGAAAUGGGGGCAGGAGGGGAACCUCGUGGAAGCAAGGGUGUGACUGUGAGAAAGGCAGGGCAUGCACGGGGAAGGGUAAAAAAGGAGGCAGGCCUUGUGACUAUUCCCUGUGAUAAGCUUCAGGUAUAAAGGUGAGGAGUGUGCAGGGACAGGUAGGACCUACUGACGGGUGAGGCCCAAGGCUCUGGGCUGCUUCUGUGGCUGUGGGAGAUGCUGAAACCAGGAGUGACUGGAUCAGGGCAGCCUCUGAAAUUCCCCCAACUACACAUGGCCAGGAAUGGUCACUGUGUACUCUGUACUUGUAUGUGUUACUCAAGAUGUUGCUGAAAGGAGCCUGCAAGUGGUUAUGCAGACCUCUGAGCAGGGGCUAGGAAGGAGGGCACAGAGGAAGUGAUGGCAGACAGCUGGUGAGGGUAGGAGACCCACUGGAGAUGGACAUAUCCUGACCCUCAGAUGCAGGCUCAUUUCUUGUUAGUGCGUGACUCCUUCCUGUGAGAGCUGUCAUGCAGAGGCAAAGGCCCUGUUAUAGGGCCCUGUUUUCUUAUAACAAGAUAUUUUAACAGUGUGGAUGAAUCAUCAGGGGAUGGCUUCUUGCCUGAGGGAAAUCUAGGAGGGCUUCCAGGAGGAAGGAGUAUUCAGAUUAAGGAGGGAAACAAGAGGGGACUAGUAAAAGGUGCAAAAACAGUUGUCUAGGCGUGAGGCACACUUUCAGAUGUAGUUGGGUGAACUUGAGCAAAUGACUUAGCUAUUCCAGACUUGAUUUCAUCUAAAAGUGGUCGCAGUAUCUGCCUUGCCUGUUUGUUGCCAUGAUUAUGAAAUCAGUGGGAGCAGACCUGGCUUGGAGCCUGCACCCUGGAGGGAGGUGAUGCUCAGAGGAUGCACUCUGCUUUCGCCUUCCUUGUUGGCUUGGCUGCUCUGGAGCCAAAGUGGGCUUCUCUGGCCGCAGGACCUCUCUGAGACUCUAUCUUCACCUUUCCCCCGCUAGGAAAUUUUAUUAAGACAUUGGAUAAACAGAUGACAGCUCUGAGGGAAAACUCAGAAGGAAGGGGACAGGACACUGUUAAGUGCUCUUCUGUCUGGGAGCCUUUUAGGCAGUAGGGGGAGCUGGAUAGCUCUUUUGGCUUUGGAGGUGUGGACAGAUGCAAAUGUGGGCAGACGGGUGGUGUUGGAUCGCCUGGCCUGUGUGCACAGCAGAGCUGAGCCUGGAGCCUAGGGCCCAGCAGGGGAUGGAAUGAGUCAGGGACCUUUCAGGCUGGGGGCUGCUGAUGGGGUCACAGUAAAACCUCUUCACCAGUCCUGCAAUAACCCCAGAUGGUAUCCUGCCUGCCUGUACACAGUCCCAUCUGAUGCCAAGGCUGAAGGAGUCUCGCUCCCACGAGUCCCUGCUCAGCCCCAGCAGUGCGGUGGAGGCGCUGGACCUCAGCAUGGAGGAAGAGGUGGUCAUCAAACCCGUGCACAGCAGCAUCCUUGGCCAGGACUACUGCUUUGAGGUGACGACGUCAUCAGGAAGCAAGUGCUUUUCCUGCCGUUCUGCAGCUGAGCGGGAUAAGUGGAUGGAGAACCUGCGGCGAGCAGUGCACCCCAACAAGGACAACAGCCGGCGUGUGGAACACAUCCUGAAGCUGUGGGUGAUUGAGGCCAAGGACCUGCCAGCCAAGAAGAAGUACCUGUGUGAGCUGUGCCUGGAUGAUGUGCUCUACGCCCGCACCACGGGCAAGCUCAAGACGGACAAUGUUUUCUGGGGCGAGCACUUCGAGUUCCACAACCUGCCACCCCUGCGCACAGUCACUGUCCACCUGUACCGGGAGACCGACAAGAAGAAGAAGAAGGAGCGCAACAGUUACCUGGGCUUGGUGAGCCUGCCUGCUGCCUCGGUGGCCGGGCGGCAGUUCGUGGAGAAGUGGUACCCGGUGGUGACGCCCAACCCCAAGGGCGGCAAGGGUCCUGGGCCCAUGAUCCGCAUCAAGGCGCGCUACCAAACCAUCACCAUCCUGCCCAUGGAGAUGUACAAAGAGUUCGCUGAGCACAUCACCAACCACUACCUGGGGCUGUGUGCAGCCCUCGAGCCCAUCCUCAGUGCCAAGACCAAGGAGGAGAUGGCAUCUGCCCUGGUGCACAUCCUGCAGAGCACGGGCAAGGUGAAGGACUUCCUGACAGACCUGAUGAUGUCAGAGGUGGACCGCUGUGGGGACAACGAGCACCUCAUCUUCCGGGAGAACACACUGGCCACCAAGGCCAUCGAGGAGUACCUCAAGCUAGUGGGCCAGAAGUACCUGCAGGACGCCCUAGGUGAGUUCAUCAAAGCACUGUACGAGUCAGAUGAGAACUGCGAGGUGGAUCCCAGCAAGUGCUCGGCCGCUGACCUCCCAGAGCACCAGGGCAACCUCAAGAUGUGCUGCGAGCUGGCCUUCUGCAAGAUCAUCAACUCCUACUGCGUCUUCCCACGGGAGUUGAAAGAGGUGUUUGCCUCGUGGAGGCAGGAGUGCAGCAGCCGCGGCCGGCCGGACAUCAGUGAGCGGCUCAUCAGUGCCUCCCUCUUCCUGCGCUUCCUCUGCCCAGCCAUCAUGUCGCCCUCACUCUUCAACCUGCUGCAGGAGUACCCCGAUGACCGCACUGCCCGCACCCUCACCCUCAUCGCCAAGGUCACCCAGAACCUGGCCAACUUUGCCAAAUUCGGCAGCAAGGAGGAGUACAUGUCCUUCAUGAACCAGUUCCUAGAGCAUGAGUGGACCAACAUGCAGCGCUUCCUGUUGGAGAUCUCCAACCCCGAGACCCUCUCCAACACAGCUGGCUUCGAGGGCUACAUCGACUUGGGCCGUGAGCUCUCCAGCCUGCACUCACUGCUCUGGGAGGCCAUCAGCCAGCUGGAGCAGAGCAUAGUGUCCAAACUGGGACCCCUGCCUCGGAUCCUGAGGGACGUCCACACAGCGCUGAGCACCCCAGGUAGUGGGCAGCUGCCAGGGACCAACGACCUGGCCUCCACACCAGGCUCUGGCAGCAGCAGCAUCUCAGCUGGGCUGCAGAAGAUGGUGAUCGAGAAUGAUCUUUCCGGUCUGAUAGAUUUCACCCGGUUACCGUCUCCAACCCCCGAAAACAAGGACUUGUUUUUUGUCACAAGGUCCUCCGGGGUCCAGCCCUCACCUGCCCGCAGCUCGAGUUACUCGGAAGCCAACGAGCCUGAUCUUCAGAUGGCCAACGGUGGCAAGAGCCUCUCCAUGGUGGACCUCCAGGAUGCCCGUGCACUGGAUGGGGAGGCAGGCUCCCCAGCGGGCCCCGAUGUCCUCCCCACAGAUGGGCAGGCCCCUGCAGCUCAGCUGGUGGCUGGGUGGCCAGCCCGGGCAACCCCAGUGAGCCUGGCAGGGCUGGCCACGGUGCGGCGGGCAGGCCAGACACCAACCACACCAGGCACCUCCGAGGGCGCGCCAGGCCGGCCCCAGCUGUUGGCACCGCUCUCCUUCCAGAACCCUGUGUACCAGAUGGCGGCUGGCCUGCCGCUGUCACCCCGCGGCCUUGGCGACUCAGGCUCUGAGGGCCACAGCUCCCUGAGCUCACACAGCAACAGCGAGGAAUUGGCGGCCGCUGCCAAGCUGGGAAGUUUCAGCACUGCCGCGGAGGAGCUGGCUCGGCGGCCCGGUGAGCUGGCACGGCGACAGAUGUCACUGACUGAAAAAGGCGGGCAGCCCACGGUGCCACGGCAGAACAGUGCUGGCCCCCAGAGGAGGAUCGACCAGCCUCCGCCCCCACCCCCACCGCCACCUCCUGCCCCCCGCGGCCGGACGCCCCCCAACUUGCUGGGCACCCUGCAGUACCCAAGACCCUCAAGCGGAACCCUGGCAUCAGCCUCACCUGAUUGGGCAGGCCCCAGUACCCGCCUGAGGCAGCAGUCCUCUUCCUCCAAGGGGGACAGCCCAGAACUGAAGCCACGGUCAGUGCACAAGCAGGGCCCUUCACCCGUGAGCCCAAAUGCCCUGGACCGCACAGCCGCUUGGCUCUUGACCAUGAACGCGCAGUUGUUAGAAGACGAGGGCCUGGGCCCAGACCCCCCCCACAGGGAUAGGCUAAGGAGUAAGGACGAGCUCAGCCAAGCAGAAAAGUUUUUGUCUCCUACUGCCAGCUGCAGUCCAUGUAGACGGAGGAACCAGUGCAGGCCCCAGAUCGGCAGGCGCUUCUCCACUCCCCUCUGGAUGCUCUCGCCCCUCCGGGCCCCAGGAAAGCCUGUGGCAGCCUCUCGAGCAAGGGUAUCGGGGUCAGAAUGGCAGAACUUCUCCCUGGCCUCAGGCGAGGCCCAUCUCCAUGCUGCAUCCUGCCGCCACCACCAUCCUUGGUCCACUACAUCCACCUGCUUUCACCAUAGUUACGUGAAGGGGACCAGGGGACAGGGGACACAGUGCUCUCAGAGCCAGAGUUUGGCUGGGGAGCGAGGAGGCCUGGCCUCACUCCAGGCUCUUUGCAUCCCUGUGUCCUCAUGGCAUCUGGCCCCUCUUGAUCCCGGCGUUGGCCUUUCCUUGCUCAGCACAGAGCACCUGGCUCCUCUGUGCAGCCACGCCUCUUCCCAGCCUCGUCCACAUCCCUGUUCCUCCCUGAUGGUUGGGGUCUGUGCUGGACUGAGGCAGAUCCAGAGCCUGGACCACCUGCCUUUCAAUUCUCUCUCUCUCCAUUUCCUCAUGCCACUGCCACCCUCUGGCUUUAGAUUCAAACAGAGGCUGGGAAGCUGGGAUCUUACCCUGCUAGUCAGUCGCUCUUCAUGUGACAUGGUCUCCUUGUCUGGGCCUCAGUUUCCCCUCCUGCAGAGCUCCCACCUCUCAGGGUGCUGUCACACGUCCUUCAUAUAUCCAAGGGUUCUUUAACCUUUGUCAUAAAAAGUUCAAAGCCUUAGUUACACCCUUACUCCUGGGAUUUGGGUUUGAGUCUUCAUCCCCGCCAUAGCCAUACAGGUCAGGCUGGGAGCUUGGAGUGGAGAACCCCUGGUGGGGAACAGGCACACGUCUGGCUGCAGCCCCCACCAGCUGGGCUCCUUGGGCAUCUCUUUGCUAUGUGAAGUGGGCAGGUCACAGCCACUGGGGCCUUCCAAGUGGGGCUCCUCCUACCCUUCCUCCCACUCGGGCUGACGAAGCUGUGCUCUCUGUGUCCUGGGUGCUGUGCCCGUGGAUGCUGCUCUCC